AUGGUGAAUCUGCGAUGGAACUGGGUUGGAUUUUGGAUGGUGAGCGUUUGGAUUCUACCGAGCGUUGUGUACGGUCGCCCUUUGCCUGGCUACGAUGCAUUCGAUGCUGAGGCCAAGAUUCAAGCUGACCGUGAGCUGCUCAGCACCGUGACCUACGUGGGAAACAACAAGGUCUACGGAUUGCUAUCGAACAAGCCACCGCCGAUGCGUGAAGCGAAACUGGACCAGGAGCACCUGGAUUCGAGCAUCUUGACGAAGCUGGACAACGUACAGAAAAGUUUCGUCGAUAAGGGCAAUCUGCCCGCCGUCGUCGAUCAGACAGCCCGGCGAGACUACUUCACGAACGAUCUCAAGCUCGCACCGAUCUCCAAGGGCGUCGUCGAUAUUUUCGAACAGUUAUCCAACAUUUUCAACAAUUUCGCCGAAAAAAUACCGAAAGGCACGGUGAAGAGCUUAAGCAAGGGUACACUCAACAGCCUCAACAAAGUUGGUGCCGUGCUGGUCGGUCUGGAGGAUGCGUAG